AGCGAAGUUGUCCCGGCGGCGGCUGGGCUCAGCUGGUGGGCGGAGGUGGCGGGGUACCCGGGACCCAGGUGGAGGCCGCCGCGGGGUUCAGGAAGAUGUUACCAAGUACUUCAGUGAAUUCCUCCAUGCAUGGGAAUGGAGUCUUGAAUUCCAGGGAUGCAGCAAGACACACUGCUGGAGCAAAACGCUACAAGUACCUCAGAAGGCUUUUUCGUUUUCGGCAGAUGGACUUUGAGUUUGCUGCGUGGCAGAUGCUCUACCUGUUCACUUCCCCACAGAGGGUUUAUAGGAACUUUCAUUAUCGGAAGCAGACAAAGGACCAGUGGGCCAGGGAUGACCCUGCAUUUUUGGUCCUAUUAAGUAUCUGGCUCUGUGUGUCCACCGUAGGAUUUGGCUUUGUGUUGGACAUGGGAUUUUUUGAGACAAUAAAGCUUCUCCUGUGGGUCGUAUUCAUAGAUUGUGUAGGUGUUGGCCUUCUGAUAUCAACUUUAAUGUGGUUCAUCUCUAACAAGUACUUAGUGAAACGCCAAAGCAGAGACUCUGAUGUGGAAUGGGGCUAUGCCUUCGAUGUGCAUCUCAAUGCAUUUUACCCACUGCUGGUCAUUUUGCAUUUUAUCCAGCUUUUUUUCAUCAACCAUGUUAUCCUAACAGACACAUUUAUUGGAUAUUUAGUUGGAAACACUUUGUGGUUGAUUGCAGUUGGCUAUUAUAUCUACGUAACCUUCUUAGGAUACAGUGCAUUGCCAUUUUUGAAAAAUACAGUAAUUCUCCUCUACCCAUUUGCACCUCUAAUUCUGCUGUAUGGGCUAUCGCUGGCACUGGGCUGGAACUUCACCCACACUCUGUGUUCCUUCUACAAGUACAGAGUGAAAUGAAAACUCACAAUAGUCUGUCCACAGUGUUACUGAUUUCAUGUAAAGAUUGUAAAUAAACUUAUCUUUGUAGAUAUCUUAAAGAUGUAAAGUUUAUAAACUUGAGGUGAUAGCACUAUAGUUCAUUCCUUAAGACUA